AGUACAGAGUAGGAGGAGAGAAAAAAGAGAGAGAGUUCAGGUUCACACUGCGUCUUUAGAUGUUUUUCACAGCCCAUGUGUACAGUAAGUGGAGGUGAGUGAGUGUGUGUGCGUCCAUGCUGUUAAUGGAUUGCUAAUUAAGGACUUCUCAGGUGAAGCCAGGAAAAGUAGGAGAGGAAAUGGAGGAUCGGAGUGCCAGGUAAGAGGAGAAGGUAGAAAUAGUUUAUCAAAAAGAGAGCAGAUGAAGGGGGGGGAAAAGACAAACUUAAGGAGGGGCAGAGGAAAAAGAAAGGUAUGUGGCUGCCUCAUAUAUUGUGAGAGGGAAUACGGAGAGAGGAGCAGGAGAGAUCAUAAGAGAAUAGAGAGUCUGGUAAGAAUUUCAACACCAAUUAAAAGAAAAAGCAAAAGGAAUGAAAGGGUGAUUCUGUCAGUACGACUGCUCUGUUAGUGUAACUCUAUCUGCUCUGAGCCGUAACAUACAGUAAUGACUUCUCAGUGAUGGGGCCACUACUUUCUACACACACACACACACACACACACACUUCUAAUGAGCACUCCGGGGCUUAUACACAAUACUGAGACUACUGUGAGUUAUUUAAAGAGAAGAGCGAUCAGACGGAAUCAGCUUUGAUCCAGAUUUGCGCUUUGGGGACUGUUGUCUUCAUAUUUAUAAGUAUGAUAUUUUACGCUUUUGAUUUCUUUGACAUAUAAAAAGUUGAUUUGAUAGCGCUGAUGUGUUUACGUGAAGGUUUUUUUUUCUGCAUAUCUUUUGUGCAGUGUUCAUUAGUGCUGUGUUUUCUUGAUGAAAUGAAGGAUGUCUCUUAGGAUGUCCUACAGAGGAUUGAAAUCUUUGUGAGAGAUUGAUUAAAUUUUAAAUGCAGUCUUCAGUCACUCGUGCUCAUUCUGAGAAGUUUUAGUUGGUGAAGGAAAAACUUUAUAUGUCUGAGUGCAUUCUGGGUGAGAUCUUGAACUUUAAAAAGGCACCUGUUGAAUGAAUGUUACAGAUCCGUCAACGUCCGUUCUGUGAGCCAUGCAGCUGCUCGCUCAACUGUUCUUCUUGACUGCGAUGCUUCACCUUGGUGUCGUCAUGGGUGGAAGAGCUCAGCGUAAACAGCGGCAGGCUGAAGAGAAGUUAAGGCCAUAUUUAGGCAGAGUAGACCCAGAAUCCCUGUGCCAGUUGUUGAAAUGUCACAGUCCUAUCGGUUCCUGGUGCCAAGUAGUGAAGGAGGAGGGAGUUCUUACCCCUAAAUGUGUGUGUCCAAGUACCUGCCCACGGCAGAGGGCACCAGUGUGCAGCGUUUUGGGAAAGACGUACAGCAACGAGUGUCUUCUCCACAAAGAGGCCUGCCGCAAAGAACGACGCAUUGGCAAGGCACAUAAUGGAGCUUGUCUCGUAAGUGAGACUGGAUGCUCUGAGGAAGAGUUUGGGCAGUUCCCAUACCGUCUGCUGGACUGGUUCUUACUCCUCAGCCGAAUGGGAGAGAGAUACACACCAGCAGCACCUUCACAAAGCUGCCUCUCACACACACAGCGAAUGCAGCUCGCACAGAGGAGGUUUGUUCUGCUGGAUCGGAACAGGGAUGGAAAGUUAAGCAGGAGGGAUCUGAGAAAGCUGCACUAUAAGCGGAUGCCGCUGGAGCACUGCGCUCAAAGAUUUUUCCAGUCAUGUGACAAGAACCAGAAUAAGAAGGUGACCCUGAGGGAGUGGACAUCCUGUCUGGUGAAGCGGUCAGAGCGCUGGUUUGAGGAUUUCAUGUCCAUGAAGAUGGGCUCUCCAAAGCUGUGUCCGGUUCAAGACAACAAUCUCUGAAUUUAUGUGUAUAUGUCUGUAUAUUUGGGUGGAAAUGUCAUUUGAAGACAUGAUGGAACAUAAUCCUGAUCUAGUCCACUGCUGAUUAUGAACAUCUAAUUUUUUAAAAAAUAUUUAAAUCGUAUACAUUUAAUUGGAUGAUAUAACAUCCAUGUGGUAUUUGGGGAAAAAAGUGCCUUUAUUUAAUUGCUUACAAGAUGUAAACAGUAAUAUUUGACAUAGUUUUACAAUUUAACAUAUCUGUUUUCUAUUAAUUUUUUUUAUAUUAAUUCAGG